AUCCCCCGUCCGACCAAAACGCUUCACACACAUGCUGCCGAGACAUGGACGCGCUGAGAAGAAAGGGAUGAAACUGGACCGAGGAGAUCAAGACAAAAAACAACCGUAUAAGAAGAAGAGUGAAGAAAGAAGAAGGGGUUAAAAAGAAGAUAAGAGAGAAAGUGACGGCGCGAUAGAGGACAGUAAACAGGUGCAUCGAGGCAGAGAAUGGGCAAUUCCUCCUUCCCAGGCAUGUCACCUCUCUCUCCGUCCAUUCUGUAGUUGCAGGUCGAGAGAAGAGAAAGGGUCCCAUGAUCUCUACCGGUGAUGCCGAGUUCCCGCGGGAUUACCACACCCUGGCUGCCGGCGGCAACCGCGGGGCCCGGCGGUUCCCCGACAACAACAACGGGGGGUUCACGUCGUCCUCGCUGGACCGCCGGCAUAACUCGGUGGCCGCCAAGAGCCUGGAGGCCCUGAACAGCAUCCACAAGGCGGACAUCGAACGCCAGCGAGACUCUCUCAUGGAUCUCCAGAAGAGCAAGUUCUCCAACAGCCCCGGCAGCGUGUCGCAGGGCUCGGCUCCUGCUGGACGACAGCAACAACCAAACUACUGGAGCUUCAAGACUCGCACGCCACGUGUGACACGACUCAGCCCGACACAGCCAGCUCUUGCUGACCAGGCCAGCAGGGUUUCCUUUGCGUCAGCUGAAAAUCUGGGGACCAUGUCGGAGCCUGAUAUCCCCAUCGGCUUUAACCGGAUGAACCGGCUUCGCCAGAGCCUGCCGCUGGCCCGCACUUCCAGCCAGGCAAAGCUGCGGGCGCCAGGGAUCUUGUUCCUCCAGCUUGGGGAGGAGACUCGCAGGGUGCACCUGACCCACGAGCUGACCAGCCUGGAGACUCUGAGGGCCCUCAUCGUGCACAUGUUCCCCCAGAGGCUCACCAUGGCCAUGCUCAGGUCUCCCAACACAGCUCUGCUGAUCAAAGAUGAGACCCGUAAUGUCUUCUAUGAGCUGGAGGACCCACGGGACAUCCAGGACCGCUGCGUAAUUAAGAUUUACUGCAAAGAGCCGAUCUACGGCACCUACCCCGGACACCAACACCCACACCUGGCUAACGGAGACCUGCGGAGGGAGAUGGUGUAUGCUCCUCAGGACUCUCCGCCCAACCGCCGCCUCAGCAACCCGCCCAUGUCUUCCCAGCAUUCAUCCUGCUCUGCCUCCCCUCAAGGCUCACCGUCCCGCGCCCGCCUCCUCUACAGCGGCGCCAGGCCUUCUUCCUAUGCCGGGCCGCCCCACCACACCCACUCCCUGCCGCACCCGCACUCCCAGUCCCAGUCCCAGUCCCAGUCCCACCACUCCUCUCCCCACCAGCAGCCGCAGCUCCACCAGCCCCAUCACACCCAGCAGGCCUUCUGCUCCUCCUCCAGCGCCAUCCUGGAGCGCAGAGACGUGAAGCCCGACGACGAAGUAGGGGGGUCCAGGAGCAUGGUGCUGCUGCGGGGAGAAGAACGCGGGGGAGGGGGGAUCUACGCGGACCCCUACUCUCUGGGCCCAGACACAAGCCGGCUAAGUCUCGCAGGAGGUCCUCACUCGCCUCUCCCAGCCCGAGCGGACCCCUACGGCUCCUUAUACCGCCGGGGAGGGGGCGGGGGUGGAGGUGCUGGAUCGAUGCGUUCACUCACCUCCUACACCGCAGCCGCUUUACAAGGAGAGCUGAUGGAAAGCGGGGCUCUCUACAGACCAGGGGGCCCGCUUUAUAACGACGCCUACGCUGCGUCUAUGUUGGCCAUGGGGCUGCGGGUGCCUCCUCCUUCCUCCCCACAGAAGAUACCCGACAUGAGGGAGUCCUACGCGGGCACCAUGCCCGGCCGGGGCUCCCCAGGGAGGCAGAGUUUGCGAAGGGACUCGGUGGCGUCCUCCGUGUUCGGGGACAGCCCCAAAGCGCGCGGCCAGGGCUCGGGGUUAGGGCUCACAUCAGAGCAGCUCUGCCUGAUGGCCGGGACUGGAGGGGAGGGAGGGAGUGCCGGAGGCUUUGGCUCACCCCUGCUGGGAAAUGAAACCGAGACCCGGGAGCGGAUGGAGGCCAUGGAGAAGCAGAUAGCGAGCCUGACCGGGCUGCUGCAGAGAGUACUGAGCAGAGCGCCUGAGGCAGAGAGCCCGGAGAAGAUUGAGUCAGCCAGUGACUGCUCAGGAACUGACACUCUGACACCGUCUGCUCCAUUGGCCCUGAUGCCACCUCCACCCUCGGGGCCCAACCAGCCCGUGACAGUGUCCCGUCUGCAGAUGCAGCUCCACUUACAAGGCCUGCAGCAGAACACCAACGCGCUGCGCAAACAACUGUCGCAGCUACGCAACAUCCAGCUGGAGAACCAGGACUCUGUCUUGUCCCUGCUGAGGCAAACGGAGUCUGAGCUGAGCCUCAUGAUGCUGGACGCCAUGCGCACCCAGGAGGACCCGCUCCAGAGACAGCGCCUCCUCGUGGAGGAGGAGAGACUCAAGUACCUGAACCAGGAGGAGCUGCUCAUCCAGCAGCUGCAUGAUCUGGAGAAGUCGGUGGAGGAGCUGCAGAGGAACUCGUCGGUCAAUCACGGCCUGGUGACGGAGCAGGACGUAGAGCAGAAGAGCAAAGAGCUGAGGAAGCUGGGAGAGACGCUCACUGAGCUCAAAAACCAGUUCCCCAGCCUGCAGAGCAAGAUGCGGGUGGUGCUGAGGGUGGAGGUGGAGGCUGUUAAGUUCCUGAAAGAGGAGCCUCACCGCCUGGACGCCCUGUUGAAGCGCUGCAACACCAUGACUGAUGCGCUCAGCAUGCUCCGCAGUCUCUUGUAUCCCUCCUAUAUGUACAGACAAGUGACUGAAGGCGUGUGGAAGGGCCCUGAGGACCUCUCCAGCCAAUCGCUGAAGAGAACAGAGGACAUGAGUCGCAGCUCUGACCUGGAUAUCCUCAACAGUCCUCCUCUCAGCCUCAGCGACCUGAGCACCAGCUCCAGCCUGGCCAACUGGAUGCCCGUGUCCGCCGGCGACAGCGACACCUCGGGCCCCGAGCAGGACAUCCAGCCUUCGAUGACGUUUAGGAACCGGGUGCUUGAUGAGCUGCCGAGUCGGCGUCCUGGCGAUAAGUCUGUCUCAGCCGAAGUCAGACUGGCGGCGGAGCGGGACUGGGAGGAGAAGCGUGCCAGCUUGACCCAGUUCAGCGCCCAGGACAUUAAUCGCCUGCUAGAAGAGACCCAGGCUGAGUUGAUGAAGGCCAUCCCGGACCUCGACUUCGCUGCCAGGCACAUCAACAAGCCUGCGGUGCCCCCCAAGCCCCAGAUCACCAUCCCAAUAACCUCCAGCGCAGCGACUUCUCCUGCAGCCGGGACCAUUGGGACCACGGCCGCCACCGCCUCGACCACCACGCCCAGCGGCGACCAGCAGCCUGGCAAAGUGCAGCUGGCGGCCCAGAAGCUCAACAGUUUGGAGGGGGCCGGUUCACAUCGAGGGUCGGUGGAUCUCAGCAUGACAAGGUAUCGCACAGAGAAGCCCUCCAAGUCUCCUCCUCCACCGCCACCUCGCAGAAGCUUCCCGUCGGCACACGGCCUCACCACCAACCGCACCGGAGAGGUCAUCGUCACCGCCAAGAAUAUGAAGAUGGAGGAGGAUGGCGACAUGGCUAAAACUCUGGUGAAGCUGAGGCGGACCCCCAGUGACACCCCUCGGCCUGCCUCGACCCCGCCUGUGAUCGCAGCGUCGGCCAUUCAAGACGACGACGACGACGAAGAGAAGAUUAUCGCUGAGCUCGAGGUAUUUCAGAGAACGCCUGUAAAAGAUUGUAAUAAACUGCACAGCACCCAACCAAAGGCCGCCCCCAUCCCUCCCUGCAUCUUUGGGUCCCUUGGCAGAAAGAACAGCACCAACUCUCCGGGGCCGACGAAGGGCCCCACCGUCGCAGCCAGGCUCAAACACCUUCAACAAGGCAGCCUAGAGAGGCCCAAAAGCCGCAAGCAGAAAGAGGAUUUCCCCAAAGUCCAGGGCCAGCAGCAGUGCUGAGAUUUUCUCCUCUUCUUCUCUUGCUUCAGCAGAAACGCUGCUCAUGCUUCUGGCCAAUCACAAUCAGUUUCGCUGAUCCUUUCCCUCCGCUGCUUUUUCUCGCAUCAUUUGGGUCUCUGAGCCAGUCUCUCUUUCUUUCCGUUCUCUCUGUUGCUUUGCUUUCUUCAUUCUCUGUCUGCUUCUCAGGUCCCAGCCGGACUAAUAACGUGAGGAGCGAGUACUCGGAGCAUUCUGGUUCAGACCUCGAAGGCGUGAGAGUUUGUCAUUUGAACUAUUUGUUCAGACAGGUUGAUAACACUCCAGUAAUCACUUCUUCUGAUCCCAUUUCUCCCCCAUCAUGCUGUUCUGCUUCCCGUUAGACAAAGAGUUAAACAUUUGGAGGUGAUUGCGUCGGCUCUGGACCUGCAGGAUGAAGCAGUUUGGGGAUUUCUCUUCUAACGUCCGCCAUAUCUAACAACCAACUCAAUAUCUGUGUCCCACUUCCAUAUUACACACUAAUUCUUUUAAGUCUGUUGUGUGUUCACUCUUUAAAAGUGACAAAACAUUUUUUUACUUUAGUAUUGGAGCAGCAGAUGCCUUCAGACCUUUGGUAACUACUGUGGGUCAAGCUCCAAACACGCCUGAGCCUACAUUUCCCAUAAUGCAACUUGCACUGACGAUAGCAUGCUUUGUCGGUUAGUCAAAUAGCUUCAGAAACCUCCUCGCACCUUUCUGAAGUCAAAUCGGGGCGGAUCUGCUUUCGAAAAUGUCUGUAACUUCCCAAAACUGACAAUUCGACGUUCAUCCGACUGUGCGCUGUGAUUGGCUAGCUGUGAGGAGGAGAGAAAGAACUUCUCUAUCUAGCUCUGUUUUCAUUAAUUACACAACAAUUUCUGUCCCUUUUUAUGAAAACAACGUGAACAACCUCGUGAUGCACAUUACGUCCUCAUUUUACGGGACUCUUUUCAUGCCGAUCCCUGACGUUUUACUAACCCUAACAAAGUACUUUUGAUGCCUAAACUUAACUAGUUUGGUUUCAAAAUGUUUGCUUCUUUUAUUUAAAACUCUACCCGUUACGUUAAAUGCACCGGUCACAUGAUUAAACCGUCGCCGUGUGGCAGUAAAUACAACGGUCGAGGCUGUGUUGUGAUCUUCGUGUGUGAAUUAGUUGGUUUCCAGAUGGUGGUAAGACGGCUCGGUAAGAUCUUUAAAAACAGAAAGUCUAACUCAAAUAAUAUUCUGUUCAAAAUAGGAAAGUACAUUUAUUUUUGCUUAAUAAGAGCAAAUACCACUUAGUAAUAGUAAUAACAUGUAUACAAUUAGUAUGAAGCAUGAAAUUGGGACACAGACAAUAUUUUUCAUUGUCUAAGAUUAUUUUCUUAUAAACAUUAAAUCCAACCCUGGAUGUAAAGCGUUGAGCGUUGAGCUGAAAGGUUUUUGUGGUGAAAUAUUUGAACUGUCUAAAAUGACGAGAUAAAUAAUCCUGCUCUCAGUCUCUGUGCUGUUUGACAUUUUGCUGGAUGGAAAUAUUAAUAAAUUACAAGUGGAUGUUUCUCCAUAUAGUCAUAAUACAUUUAAUGGAAUGUAUUAGUAGUCUCACAAAUACCAUUAAAAGUUAGCCUGAAAAUAGAAAACAAAAAGCGCAGUUAAAGUAUGACCUGAACCACUUCACAGAUAUAUUGUAUGUAUAUUAUGAGACCAUUCAGUUUUUUUUGUUGAAGAAAUUUCUUUAUUAACAUGUAAAAAAGAAAAGUGUCAUCUAUGUUUUAUAUAAUCAAGCUUUUUUUGUAUUUUUAUACUCGAAAGAAAAAAGAUUCAUAAGCAUGUAACACAUUUAUUCUGUAAAUUAUUAUUUUUCUGUGUUAAAGAUGUUUUAUUUUUUUUUCCUGCUAACCCUUAGAAACAAACCAUGAUCACACGUUGUUGUAGAAGACCAGUACAGCAGUGGGAGGGAACAGUAUUAUAAUAGCACCACCACAUUUAUAAAAAGCACAUAUCCUCCUUCCUCUAAAGCGAUCACCUCACUCUGUACGUCUACAUGCACACCAAUAUUCCACUAUUAUUCCGAAUAUGACAAUAUUCUGAAUUUGAUACAGGUCAUGUAAACAGCAUAUUCCGGUUGGAUAUUUUCCGAAUAAGGCUUUUUUCCGGAUAUAGCAUUUUCCGGUUAAGAUGUGGGAUAUUCCGGUAUCAUUUGGGUUUUAGAAGCAUUCUUUGGACAUGUAUACAGCGCAUUCGGAAUAUGCAUGGGUGUAUUAAGAGAACUGGAUUAGAGCUGUAAUUGGGCAUUAAAAGUUAGGCCCAACAGAAUUUGGCCCAAGCCCGACAAGUGAUUGACAGCUUUCUAAAAGCCUGAACCCGUUUACAGCCCGGGAUUAUUCAAAGCUCUUUUGCCUUUUGUCAAGAAUAUAUACAUUUGUUAACUUUAUUUAUAUAAUGACUAACGUAGGCUAUAGGCCACCUAGAAGUAGGAACAAAGAAAUAAAAUAAGUCCUCCAGAGGCCAGCCUCCGUUUCACCUCGAUGAAUGUACCAAGAACCAAGGAGAUGUAAUCAUUAUGUCGUGCUAAUAGCUAGCGCUAGCUACUAUUAGCCUGCAGUUUUGUGAACAGAACUUUCUCUUGGCUUCAUCCCUCAUCCAGGCGAGUGAUAGUGACACUGUAUUAAAGUUCCAAAAAACAUUUUCCUUAAUUAAGAUAAUUAAUUUUAAAAUAAGAAAAUAAAAUGUUUGUAACUUUAAAACAGUGUCACUAUCACUCAACAACCUGGUUUAGUGGUUAACUGCAAAAGCUAAAAAAGCAGAAUGCAGGCCAAGCUAAAUAAUGGAGCUAGUUUGGUAGCUAACGUUAACGUAAUAUCUUAUAUGUCCCUAAGAACCGAUGUAGGUUUAGGUUUAGGGUUUAAAACUUAUCUCAUGAUACAUCCGAGGGCUGUAUGCUGUAAAGCCUGUAACGUGGAUGAGAGAUGAAGCUCUGUUCACGAAAAUACAGGCUAACCUUAGUAGCUAGCGCUAGCUAGUAUCUAGCUAUGUCUGUAGUAACGUUAUGUAGCCAUAUAUCUACAGUGUUACCGUUCUCUUAAUACAUCCACGAUGUUAGCUACCGCUGAUGUUAGCUUCUAGCCGAUAGCCCCGGCAGUUUGGGAAACGCUAAUGACGUUACAUCCACGUAACAGGCAUAUUGACGUUUUAAAGACAGUGUUCGCGCUGGUAAGUUGAUGUACCCAAAAUAUAAAACAUCCGCUGAAAUAUAGAAGUUUCUUUCUAAGUCUAUGUGAAAUGUCUUUCUGGGCCAGAUGGGUGCAGUUCCACCGUUGAACAAGUCCACUACCGCUCGUAAACUUUAAAAAAAAAUCGUAUUUUGCACUGCUACAUGUGAACGGGAAUAUUAGUUGAAUAAUCGCUUUCAUUAGCCACGUUCACAGCUUAGUCAGAAUAUCGUCUUUUUCGGAAUAGGAGCAAAAAAUGGAAUAUUAUGUGCGUGUAAACGUAGUCAGUGAUGGGACGCCCCAUUUUGUAGCUGUUUUCCUCUAUUAUAACCAAUGGUGUCCGUACACUGCACAGAUUAAACUCUAUUGAUGGUUUCUUGAUGAAUGUGUGAUUGUUCAAACCAUUUGUGGGUGUUCAAAAGUGUAUAUAAACCCAAAAUGAUAUAUUACAAAAUUGAUUUUUUGUGGAGAUUUUUUUUUUUUAGACGGGAAGAAUUAAAAAAAAUCCCAAAUGGCAUGCAUACUGUAUACAUUCCUGGAAAUCUGCACGCUGGGUCAACAGAGGUAAACUUUUCUUGUCGAUAAUUCUGUGUAUACUUGUGAGUGUAUGAUAGAGUUAAACAAAAAUUGUACAGUAAGAUAGAUUUUUGUAAUAUGUUAAAUGGCUCAGUAAAGCCCCUUUUACUGUCAGAAUAAAGAAAAAAAGAUUAUUAUAAGUAUUGAGAAAGAUGUAAGGAUGAUAUUGUAUAUCAACUGCAUACUGUUCCUCCAGUCUGAGAGUGAUGCUUGCUGUGUGGGGUAAGUGUUGUUUGUGAAUCGUGAAGAAGAAUGAUAAUCUACUACAAAGUCAGUAUAACUACUAAAGACCAACUAAACCGUGCAAAACACAGCGCAACUUUGUGUAUGGAAAGUAAAAGUUGCUGCUUCGUGUGAGAAAAAUCAACCAAAAAAACAAAACAAAAAAGGUUGCUGCUUUUGUACGUUCCUGUUGUGUUUUUGUGACAAUAAAGGUGACCCUCUUAUACAUGA